AUGUAUGUGAAAUGCUUUGAUACAGUAAUGUUUUACUAUGUGAUUUUAAUGAAUGUCACUUUUUGUCAUUUUCAAAUUUCCCGCCGUUCCGUCCCCAUAUGUCCUGACGUUGCAGGGAACGGAACCCAGAAGACAGGUGCCGGCAUCCGCCAGAGGACAUUACAGGGGACACUGCAGGAGGGACAUCGCGGGAGCGCAGGACAAGGUAAGAGAAGAACAGAUCCCGGAGCAGCGCUGCAAGGUAUUCCUGAGUGUAGCUCAGGGUUACCAUUUGUGCUACACUCGGGAAUACCUCCAGGGAGGCUACGC